GACGUAAGGAAGCGGAAGUGGAGCUGGGCUCCGCGGGAGGAUGUCUGGGGGGGUCUCUCGGGCUGGAGGGGCUCCGCGGGGCUUGACGAAGCGAGUCUUAGUGACCGGAGGCGCUGGCUUCAUUGCUUCCCAUGUGAUAGUUUCCCUUGUGGAAAAGUAUCCUAACUAUGUGAUCAUUAAUCUGGAUAAGCUGGACUACUGUGCAAGCUUAACAAAUCUUAAGACAGUUUCUGAGAAAGAGAACUACAAAUUUGUUCAGGGAGACAUCUGUGAACCCAAUUUCAUAAAAGAAUUAUUUGAGACUGAGAAAAUUGAUAUAGUGUUACAUUUUGCAGCUCAAACGCAUGUAGGUCUUUCAUUUUGGCACAAACUUGAGUUCAACUAUGUUAAUGUUUAUGGAACGUACAUUCUGCUUCGGGCUGCUCAUAAGGCUAAUGUGGAAAAGUUUGUAUAUGUCAGCACUGAUGAAGUUUACGGAGGAAGUUGUGAUAAGGAAUUUGAUGAAUCUUCACCCAAACAACCUACAAAUCCUUAUGCAACAUCUAAGGCAGCGGCUGAAUGCUUUGUCCAAUCUUACUGGGAAAGAUACCAGUUUCCAGUGGUUAUCACACGGAGCAGCAACGUUUAUGGACCUCAUCAGUUUCCAGAAAAAGUUAUUCCUAAGUUCAUUUCUCUCUUACAGCAGAAUAGAAAAUGUUGCAUUCAUGGUUCAGGACUUCAGAAAAGAAAUUUUCUUUAUGCUAGUGAUGCAGCAGAAGCAUUCCUUACUGUUCUGAAGAAAGGGCAGCCAGGUGAAAUCUACAACAUUGGGACCAGUUUUGCUGUGUCUAUUACCCAGCUUGCAAAGGAAUUAAUCCAUCUUAUUAAAAAUACUAGUUCAGAAGCUGAAGUAGAACAUUGGAUGGAUUAUGUUAAAGACAGACCUACAAAUGACAUGGGAUACCCAAUGAAUUCUGGAAAAAUGUAUAGCUUGGGAUGGAAACCCAAGGUCUCUUGGAAGGAAGGAAUCAAGAAAACAAUUGAAUGGUAUCAAGAGAACUUCCACAACUGGAAAAAUCCAGAAAAGGCUUUGGAACCGUUUCCUGUUGCUGGAGAAUCUGUAUGAAUUUGUUUGCAUCAGAGCUGAAAGGGAGG